AUGUCGUCCAAGGAAGGAGCGAAGACCACCAAGAAGGCUGAGGGCGCCAAGAAGGCUCCCCGCUCUGCCCCCAAGGCCAAGCCCGCCCCCGCUGGCAAGGAUGCCGCCGGUGAGGGCCACUCGAGGUCGUUCAAGGCUGGCCUUCAGUAUGCCAGCCGCGUCGGUGCCGGCGCCCCCGUCUACCUCGCCGCCGUGCUCGAGUACCUCGUGGCCGAGAUUCUCGAAUUGGCCGGUAAUGCCUCGCGCGACAACAAGAGGGUGAGGAUCCGGUGCCACAAGCAAUGA